GAGGAGGAGACCACUGCCAACUUCGAGCCAGUAGUACAGCUGUCUGAUGCUGACAAGAUCGCCACCAAGACUCACGAGGAGGACGAGGACGUCCUCUUCAAGAUGCGAGCUAAGCUGUUCCGUUUCGAGAAGGAGGCCAAGGAGUGGAAGGAGCGAGGAACUGGAGACGUGCGUCUCCUGAAGCACAAGCAGACGACAAAGGUCAGGCUGGUGAUGAGGAGAGACAAGACACUCAAGGUGUGCGCAAACCACUACGUCCUGCCCUCCAUGGCUCUGUCUCCCAACGUCGGUUCUGACCGUUCCUGGGUGUGGAGCGUAGCUGCUGAUGUGUCCGAUGGCGGUGAGCCCACCGCUGAGACGCUUGCCAUUCGAUUUGCCAACUCGGAUAACGCCAACCAAUUCAAGGCUGCUUUCGAGUCUGCUCAACAGUCGAACUCGGGUGAAUCCGAGCAGAAGGUGGAUGCGCCAGCAGCAGAAGACAAGAAGGAGGCUGCCGAGGAGAAGAAGGAGUAA